AUGGCUAACGCAAACUUCGAGGACCAAUUUCAUCAGUUUGACGAAGAAGAAGACCCCCUCUUCGGUUCCACCCCGCACCCUCUUCAGCCUCCUGCACGCGCAUCCGCAUGUUUCCCACAACACCAACGCAAACGGGCUCUCUCCCUCGCCGUCAUCUUAGGCGUUUGCAUCUCCAUCGCCACGGGGGCUUGGUGGUGGGCCCUGUCGCCAUCGCAUCCCCAAGAUCCCCCAUCAUCUGCCGUCCAAGACUGCGGCACCUCCGCCGCUGAAGCCCUCGCCCGCGGGUGCCAGUUCGAUGCGAUGUCCUUCUCCUGGCUACCGUCCGCCUGUUUCGAUGCGCCCCUGACGCAUGACUUCCUUGCCCAGCGUGACUGGCAGUGGUUCCUGGACCCGGCUGGCCAGCAGGCUGUCCCACGCGCGCGCGUCCUGGCCGGGGAGUACGAGAUGCUGUACGUGACGCGCGAAUACCAUCUGAUGCAUUGCACGUACAUGUGGCGGAAGAUGCACCGCGCGGUCUUGUUCGGCGAGGGCCGGGACUCGGUGGAUGGGUAUAUCGCCGACAUGGCGCACACGGAGCACUGUGGGCGAAUGUUGUUGCAGCAGCCCCACGCCAACAAUGGCUCACAUGGGUUGCAAGCGGUGGAUACGUAUAUAUUUGUAAAGUAUGUCUUGUGUGGGCCGGCGAUAUGGGCGGAGAAAGAGAGGGAGAGGGUCCCAGGCUGGUAUCGGGUGGUUGGGGACGAAAAGAGCUUUACCAUACCGGAGGGCCCAAGAAGGGAAUGA